AUGUCCGGUGAGCUGAUGGACUUCAUUCACAGGCUAAGUUCGAGAGAUGAAGCUGAUACCUCUUCGUUUUAUGAUCGUGUGAUAGGCUUUCAGAAUGCUGGUGUCACCAAAGGAAUCAUGAUUCUCCUUGCUCUGACUUCUCUAUCAGCCUCUCUUCUCGACAUAAAACCAUACCUUCAUCUACAGCUUGUACCGCAUAUAACGAAAUAUCGACAGUUCUGGAGGAUAGCCGUUCAUCCUUUUGCAUUUGCCAAUUCGACGGAAUUGUUGAUUGGGGAGAUAUUGUUUUAUAAUGUUGGAGUAGCUAUUGAACGGGCUUUUGGAAGUAGGAAAUACGCUUCUUAUAUCCUAGUCUCGUCUUUACUUUCAACAUUCAUAGCCUCCAUAUCGAUAGUAUUAGGAUAUAAGUUUGGGUUGAACUCCAUACCUGCUGGACCUUAUGGGAUAAUAUUUAGUUUACUAUGGCAACAAUAUCGCAUAUUCCCUUCGUUAUACCAUUUCAGAGUGUUCGGUAUAGAGUUUUCUAGUAAAGUAUUCAAUUGGAUAUUAGCUGCUCAGUUACUUCUCUCUAAGCCACCUUCGUCGCUCCUCAUUUCCCUUAUAGGCCUCUUAACAGGGUACAUCUACCGAACCGACACGCUCUUCCCUCUUCCUUCAUUAUCCAUCUCUCGACGUCGUCUACUCGUCAGAAGAUCCCUCAAAACAUACCGUAUACCCUUGUCGGUCUAUCGACUGCUAUCUAGAUUGUUCAGUCCGAUUGUCGGCGAAUCGUUACCUCCAAGAAGAUCUCAGAGGGUCUUGCCUGGUCAACAGAGUCAAUCUCAGAUCCAAUUUACUCAAAGAGGAAGUUCGAUAGCUACUGCGUUGAACACUGGUGCGACGAAUCAGAAUGGAAGCGCCCGAUCGAGAUUGAGAAGUCUGCUGAGUAAUAGGUUAAAUACCAAUGCAACGCAGGCUGGUACUUCCCCGACCGUAAAUACUACGAUUGGAAAUGAUAGAAGAGCAGGAGGAGAAGGACAAGGGAGUGGUGGUGGUGCGCAGAGAUCGGGAGAACCGGGAAGUGCGACUGCAGCGAUGGGUGAAUGGGUUAAUGAGAUCACAGGUAGAGGAACGAGGGUAGCUAGUGAAGAAGAAAUUUCAACAUUAUCAAGUAUGUUUCCUAAUCUGAGUAGAGAAGUGAUAGUGCGUGCGUUACAGACCAACGAUUUCAAUACCGCUCAAGCUGUUGAGGCAUUACUCCAGGAGAGUGGUUAG